AUGUCAGCGACUGGCAGAUUGUCUGUUCUUCGUAAGCAUAAAAUACAAGGACGCACUGCAAAAAUAUUAGCGCUUAUUCCUAUGCAGCAUGCACCUUCAGAGACUAGUGACAAAUCAGACCCAAAUAGCGAUAACGAAUUGGUAGAUCUGCAUUCCCCAAGCUUAGUUUCAUCUUCACCACCUUCUCUAGACUCAUCUUUAGAGCGCAUGCAUAUACUGAGCAGUUGUGAAUCUUCAGAUAGUAACAAUGAUGACGAUAACCAUUCCGAACCAUAUCCAUCCGUAGCACUUCAAUUGAGUCCAGUUUUACGCGAUAUAUGUCCAGCUACACCGACCAGAGAGCCUAAUUACGAAAAUAUCCCAUCACUAUCUUCUAUACUGUCUCUUCCAUCUGUAGCUCCUUCCUCAACCCUUGAAACGUCAACUAUAAGGAAGACAAGAGCCCAAAAGCAAAUUGCCCCAGUUGCCAAGAGAACAAGAAGGGUUCCGAAAUUUAUCCUCACAUAUAAGUGGAAAAAAAGCACCAAUUUUCAUCACCGAGCCACAAUUGAAGAAAAUUACGAAGAUAUAAUUGAUACCGUACCGACUCCGUACCAUCCAAUGACGAUACUUUUUAUUAUUUUAAUUUAUUUUUUUCUCAAGACAUAG